GACGUCACAGUCUCGCAAGACGAGACCUGUGACGUCUGGAAUUGCUAGCCGGCUGUAGAACAGGAGCGGGACAUUAACGGUGUUGCAGGACAUUUAAACAGCGAUUCGGGACGGCAGGCGGCGUUAAGGAGAUCGACAUUGUCCCGCGUAGAGCGGGGAGUGUUUGGGCGUGAGGCAGCGAGGCAGCGGCAGACAUAUGGCACGCUGGUCACGUGAUGUUUUGGUUUCACAGUGACAGAAGCACGGACAUCGGGCCUCUGCUCUACAUGGAUCCGCGGCUUUUGUAGUAAAUAUCCCGUGGCCUACGGGACCAGAAAAUGGCCUUUCUGGACAAUCCCUUAAUUAUCCUGGCCCACAUUCGCCAGUCCCAUGUCACGAGUGAUGACACAGGCAUGUGCGAGAUGGUUCUCAUUGACCAUGACAUAGACUUGGAAAAACUUUACCAGUCAUCUGUGCCUGGAGAAAAUUCCACGCAAAUGCAGAGCAAUGGAGGGGAGACGCAAGGCUAUGUGUAUUCUCAGUCAGUAGACAUCACUUCCAGCUGGGAUUUUGGAAUACGAAGGCGAUCCAACACAGCCCAGAAACUAGAACGUCUUCGGAAAGAGAGACAGAACCAGAUAAAGUGCAAAAAUGUGCAAUGGAAGGACCGCAACACGAGCCACUCAGCUGAGGAGCUCGGCUCACUGUUUGAAAGGAAGAACUUCAAGGAAAGAGAUCUGAACCACGGCAAACAGUCCAUCCUGUCUGUUCGACUGGAACAGUGCCCUCUACAGCUAAAUAAUCCCUUCAAUGAAUAUUCCAAAUUUGAUGGCAAGGGCCAUGUGGGUACCACAGCCACCAAGAAAAUUGAUGUGUACCUCUCCAUGCAAACUAGCCAAGAUAAACUGCUGCCCAUGACUGUGGUUACCAUCGCCAAUGCUAAAGUUCAUGACUUAAUUGGACUGAUUUGCUGGCAGUAUACGACUGAGAGCCGGGAACCCAAACUCAAUGAUAAUGUGGAUGCAUUCUGCUUGCACAUAGCUGAGGACGAUGGAGAGGUAGACACAGAUUUCCCACCGCUGGAUUCCAAUGAACCCAUACACAAAUUUGGUUUCAGCACACUGGCUUUGGUUGAAAAAUAUUCAUCCCCUGGGCUGGCAGCCAAGCAGUCUCUGUUUGUAAGAAUAAACGCAGCACAUGGAUUUUCCCUGAUCCAAGUCGACAGCACAAAUGUAACCAUGCAGGAGAUCCUAGAAAAAGCUCUUAAACGGAGGAAGGGCUCACAGAGGAAUUCAGGUCCCCAGUACCGCCUGGAGAAGCAAAGCCAGCCCAACGUACCUGUGGAUUUGGACAGUACUUUGGAAAGUCAGAAUUCCCUGGAGUUCUGCCUAGUGCGAGAGAACAGUUCCAGAGGAGAGGAGCAUCCAGAGGAGGAGACCCAGAUUGACAUUGCAACAGUGCAGGACAUGCUCAGCAGCCACCAGUACAAGUCUUUUAAAGUCAGCAUGAUCCACCGAUUGCGCUUUACCACUGAUGUCCAGCUUGGGAUCUCUGGUGAGAAAGUGGAGAUUGAUCCAGUGACCAAUCAGAAGACCAGCACCAAGUUUUGGAUCAAACAGAAGCCAAUCUCCAUUGAUUCAGAUCUGCUCUGCGCAUGUGAUCUGGCAGAGGAGAAAAGUCCAAGCCAUGCAAUGUUCAAAGUGACCUACCUGAGCAACCAUGACUACAAACAUCUGUACUUUGAGUCGGACGCAGCCACGGUGAAUGAGAUUGUAUUGAAGGUCAAUUAUAUUCUGGAGUCACGGGCCAGCACUGCCCGAGCCGAUUACUUUGCCCAGAAACAAAGAAAACUGACCAGGAGAACCAGCUUCAGCUUCCAGAAAGAAAAGAAGACGGGAUAGGAGAGAAUCUACAAUCAUGUGUGUUUUAUCUGCUGGUAACUAGGCCUUGGACUGUGCAUUAUCCUUCCUUCAUGGACACUGACAAAGGAUAAUUGGGAGCCCCAAUUUUGGGCAUCCACAAGCAUUUUAGCUUUACAUUCAGCCCCCUACCCUCAAAAUCUCAUCCCUAGUUUUUACUGCAGCUUCGGAAUGCAAAAAGGACCAUCUGAUGACGCCUCCAUAGAUCACAAGGCCCAGGACGGGGCUCGUUGGAAUUAAUUCCCCUCCUUCUGACGUUAGAGACAUUCUCAACCAUUUCCUCUUAUUGGCCAGGGAUGUGAAAAUGGCGGCCUCUGUGUGAAGCCACUUAUGCUUCACAAAAGCUUCGAGGGGGGCCGUCCGCUUGAAACCCCAUAUGUAAGUGAUAACCAAUCAGAACAGAGUAUUCAUGAAAUGACAUGGUAAAGAGAAGAGAUAUCUACAAUAAAAAAGUGAGAACAUUUCUCUGUUUUGAAACUGUUA